AGGUUUUUUUUAUAUAUACAUACUUUUUUAUUUUUUUUCCGUCCAUUGCUUAUAUCCUCUUUGUUCUUGAUCGUUUGUGAAGACGUUUUAUAUUUUGUUAAUAUACCUGUUUUCUUUUAUUUUCUUUUUUAUUUCCUUCAAUUGCACCGAUUGAAUGUCUAAACCACCUUUAUAUGAAUUAAAUCAUCAUGUUGUCGACAUGGCGUCGACCAAUGACGGCAAAUUAUCCAUUGAACAGCAGAUUGAAGUGCAUGUGCACGAUCUAUUUGAUGUCAAUGAUAACAAGUCGAUUUCACUGGAAGAAGUACUGGAAGGAUUACGUUACGUGAUGGAUUUCCGAAUCAAAGGCGGAAAUCAGCCUCAUCUGGAUUAUCAUCUCAUGAAACGAUUAUGUGAAGGCCUCCUGUUGAAUACAGGUCAUACCGAAGGUCAUAUUCUACGCAAACGGACCACACCUGGAGCUGAUAUGGCCUUCUUUCUCUUCGGCGAUUUCCUUGAGGAAGCCGUUGAAUUUCGCUCCGUUGUCGGCGAUCAAGAUGCAUUCGAUUUACGAAGUCAGUUAAAAAUCCAUUAUCGUUGUCGACCUUCGUCGUCCAGCAAACAGAAACGAGGCGCGAUUGCCAUGGUGCAGUUGUUAACGACUUACUUCCCCCAAUUCAGCGACUGGCGGGAUCUCGUUAAGGAGAACGAACAAAGCGACAUGGAAACUUUAUUGGCGUCUCCGUUGGCGGCGGAAAUCGCCAAAGAGAAGAAUAAGAUGCCUCGUCCUGGCAGUGCGCCCAACCUUAUGCUGCCACCCCCUCAAGCCUUGUACUUUGACCGGCCCGUCGAAAAACUGCUGAGAAUGUUCCCUCUCACCGAUCCUGAUCGUGGCCUUGACGAAGAUCAUAUACCCGCUUUACGCCAGCAGUAUGGCUGUAACAAAUUACCCGAUCCACCUCGUCCCAGCGCGCUUCGCAUGCUUUGGAGUCAGAUCACCGAUAUGAUGGUGCUCAUUCUGCUGGCGGCGGCCAUCAUCGAAGCCAGCGAAAGAGAUUUCAAUAGCAUGAUCGUUCUCCUCAUCGUCAUUGUCCUCAAUACCAUUAUAGGCUUUAGUCAGGAAUGGAAAGCCAGUAAAACACUCAAUGCUCUCAUGAACCUGUCUGUACCACAGGCUAGGGUGAUCCGUGAUGGCAAACAGCAAAUGAUUGAUUCGGAGCUUCUAGUGCCUGGUGACCUGGUGGUACUUGAGGAGGGUGAUGCUAUUCCCGCCGAUCUACGACUCAUUGAAGUCGCUCAAUUAGCCGUCGUCGAAGGCAUUCUAACAGGAGAAAGUGUGCCAGUGCAAAAAUCCAAAGAUGCUAUUAAAGCCAAAAUGCGCCGCAUCCCCUUGGGAGACUGCAAAGGCAAUGGUUUCAUGUCCACCACCGUGGCGCGUGGCCGUGCGAAAGGCAUCGUGGUCCGCAUAGGAGAACAAACCGAGAUUGGAAAAAUCAGUGCCGCCAUUCAAGCAGGUUCCAAACGUAAAUCCAAGACCCCGAUUCAACGCAAACUAGCUCGUUUGGGAAUCUACCUUGUCAUCCUCGCCGUUGUACUUUGUGCUCUCGUUGUCAUUAUCGGUGUAGCAUGGAAACGAGACAUCAAAGAAAUGGUGAACAUUGGUCUCAGUUUGGCCGUCUCGGUGAUUCCCGAAGGUUUGGUUGCAGUGACCACCGUCACCAUGGCUUUAGGUGUCCGUCGUAUGGCCGCCAAAGAGUGCAUCGUGCGUACCUUGCCGGCGGUGGAAUCCUUGGGUAGUGUUACCGUCAUCUGCUCAGAUAAGACUGGUACAUUGACCGAAGGCAAAAUGGCUACCACGGAGCUCUGGACAGCUGAUAAUACACUUUACCAAUUCACCGAACCGACGUCCAUGGAUCCAAAGGAGGGUGAUAUUGUCGAACACCCGGCUGAAUUGCGACGUCGCAUGAUCCACCUUCGCCGCACCACCUCGACUGAUCCUUCGUCCAAAGAUAGUGAAAAACUGAGCGAAGCCCAUGCACCGCCGAGUCAGCAGCGUGUUGACUAUGCCUCACUGCGCCCCAAACCAAUUGAGAAACACAUGCCAUCGUCGUACUCGAGUCACUUGCUCCAUUCACUGAUGAUCGCAGGAUUAUGUAAUAAUGCGUCGGUCGAAUGGGAUGCCGAAUCAGGCAGUUACAAACAAGUCGGGGACCCUACCGAAGUGGCCUUGGUCGUCGCUGCGCAGAAAGCGGGGCUCAGUCGUACCUACUGGGCCGAGCGCGGUUUCCAAAAGAUUCACGAGAAUGCCUUUGACAGUGACCGAAAACUCAUGAGUGCCACCUUUCGCAAGCCAUCGAACGAACUGCUGCUUCUCUGCAAAGGUGCGCCCGAAGAACUACUGGAAAAAUGUACCCAUUACCUUGGCGAGUCGGCUCUGUCUUCACCUACGGAAUCUAAGCCGGAAACCAUUGAGCUUUCCGAGAAUUUCGCCGCCCAAGUGUCGGAUGAAAGCUCGCGCAUGGCUUCGCAAGGUCUUCGCGUGCUUGGUCUAGCGUUCAAAGAGAUCAAAGAACCUGUGCCUACCGACGAAACCGAUUCGGCCAAACAAGCCGCGUUUACAGAAUCUGACUUGGUGUUUGUAGGACUUAUUGGUCUUAUUGAUCCGCCAAAAAAAGGUGUACAGGAAGCCGUCGCCAAGUGUCAACAAGCCGGUAUCCGUGUUAUGAUGAUUACAGGCGACCACGUCCAGACGGCAACCGCCAUUGCCACUCAGCUAGGUAUUUUCCAGAAAGAUGUUCCCGGCAUGAAUCGGGCCAUCUUGGGCCGAGAGCUGCAAUUGCUGUCAGAUGACGCGAUCCAAGAACUGGAUCCAUUUCCCAACGUGUUUGCUCGUGUGAGUCCUGACAACAAGCUCAGCAUUGUGAGAGCGCUUCAGCAACGUGGCGAAUUAGUAGCCAUGACAGGCGAUGGAGUCAAUGAUGCCCCCGCUAUCAAAAGUGCCGACGUCGGUGUGGCCAUGGGUCAAGCCGGCACCGAGAUUACCAAGCAAGCCGCCGAUUUGAUUCUGGUCAAUGAUAAUUUUACCACGAUCGUGGCCGCCAUUGAAGAGGGGCGCCAUGUAUUUGAUAAUAUCCUCAAGUUUAUUGUAUACCUGCUCAGCUGCAACGGUGCCGAAAUCUUUCUGAUGCUUAUCUGUGCCGUCGCCAAUUUCGAUACACCACUCACGGUCAUGAUGAUUUUAUGGGCCAACAUUAUCGCUGAUAUUCCUCCUGCCAUGGCGCUCGGUGUCGAGCCUCCCGAGCGAGCCAUCAUGAAACGACAUCCGCGCAAUCCCAAGAUGGGCGUACUUACCCGAGUGACCUGGACCGUCAUCUUUUUGCAAUCCAUGGUGAUUGCCGUGAAUACCAUUGCAGCCUAUUUAAUUGCCUUGCAUGUCUUGAAUUACAGCCUCGAGAUGGCUCGUUCUACGGCCUUUGCAACGAUCACCACCCAGCAAUUAUUGCAUUCUUUUAAUUCCCGUAGUGUUCAUCAAUCUCUAUUCAAGACGGGCAUCUUGGCGAACCGAUGGAUGAUUGGUGCCUUCUUUCUCUCAUUUGGGUUCAUGAUUUUGGGAAUUUACGCACCAGGAAUCUCCACGUGGUUGGAGCUCACCCAUCUUUCUUGGCCGUCUUGGUUGAUGAUCUUGGUCGCUUGUAUUAUUUUAUUUGUAUUUGUGGAAGUAGAAAAACUCAUCAUCAGAAAGAUGAAGGCGUUGGCAUAGCGAUCAAUGAAUUUCAUCUGACAGAGGGACUAAAAGAUGAAGAGCAAGAAAAGACUACAGAAACCCAUAUCAUUGUAGAUAUUUAUGUAUGAUUGUACGCUUAUUCCCCC